GGUCACGUGGUCAUUCGUCUCAACACGAGGUGUGUCGAGGGUUAUCCGGUUUGAAAAGUCGCCGUCAUAUUGUGUGUUUCUGUGGAUGCGCUGUUCAUUCAUUUAUCCAUGUUCAUCUGAAAAGAUACCGGGCAAUAUCGCGUGAAAAUGAACUCCGUAGGGCAUUUAACGUUCGAUGAAUACGGACGGCCCUUUAUUAUUCUGAAAGACCAAGAGAAAAGGAAGCGUCUCACCGGCAUCGAUGCACUCAAGUCGCACAUUUUGGCCGCCAAAGCAGUUGCAAAUAUCAUCAAAACCUCCCUGGGCCCAAAAGGCCUGGACAAAAUGAUGGUGUCGUCGGACGGUGACGUCACGGUCACUAACGAUGGUGCUACCAUCCUAAAAUUGAUGGACGUGGACCACCAAAUUGCGAAGUUGCUGGUGCAGCUUUCACAGUCACAAGACGACGAGAUUGGUGAUGGCACCACAGGUGUCGUUGUGCUUGCUGGGGCCCUUCUGGAACAGGCGGACCAGCUCUUGGACAGGGGCAUCCAUCCGAUCCGGAUAGCGGACGGCUUUGAACUGGCAGCACGGUGUGCCCUCUCACACUUGGACACCAUCAGCGACUCCUUUAUGGUCUCUUCGCAGGACAAGGAAGCCCUUAUUCAAACAGCCAUGACCACGCUCGGAUCUAAGAUCGUGAACAAGUGCCACCGCCAGUUUGCGGAAAUAGCCGUGGAGGCUGUCCUGUCAGUGGCCAACCUCGACCGUCGGGACGUCAACUUUGAGCUCAUCAAGGUCGAAGGCAAGGAAGGUGGGAAGCUGGAAGAUACAGUCCUCGUCAAAGGUGUCCUAGUUGAUAAGGACUUCAGCCACCCACAGAUGCCCAAGGAAGUGGUGAAUGCGAAGCUGGCCAUUCUGACAUGCCCGUUUGAGCCCCCGAAGCCCAAGACUAAGCACAAGCUGGAUGUGAGCUCGACGGAAGAGUUCCUGGCACUGCGCAAAUAUGAGCAGGAAAAGUUUGAAGAGAUGGUGGACCAGGUGAAAGCUGCAGGUGCCAACUUGGUCAUCUGCCAGUGGGGUUUUGAUGACGAGGCCAACCAUUUGCUCCUGCAGAAGGAAUUGCCCGCAGUGCGCUGGGUGGGCGGACCUGAGAUUGAGUUGAUCGCCAUAGCGACAGGAGGACGUAUCGUACCUCGCUUCUGUGAGCUGACGCCAGACAAGUUGGGCUCAGCGGGCAUGGUGCGGGAGCUGUCGUUUGGCACCACCAAGGACCGCAUGCUGGUCAUUGAGCAAUGCCCAAACUCCCAUGCGGUCACCAUCUUCAUUCGUGGUGGGAACAAGAUGAUUGUGGAGGAGGCCAAGAGGAGCCUGCACGAUGCUCUCUGCGUCAUCCGCAACCUGGUGAAGGACAACAGGGUCGUCUACGGCGGAGGAGCAGCGGAAAUCUCUUGCGCUCUCGCUGUGAGCGCUCAGGCCGACAAGAUCUCAACGCUGGAGCAGUACCCGUUCAGGGCCUUUGCGGAUGCCCUGGAGAGUGUACCGUUGGCCCUCGCGGAGAAUUCUGGCCUGCCUCCCAUCGAGACCCUGACACGGGUCAAGGUGCAGCAGCUGAAGCAGAAGAACCCCUGCCUGGGAAUUGACUGCAUUGGAAAGGGAACCAACGAUAUGAAAGAGCAGCACGUCAUUGAAACGCUCACCAGCAAAAAGCAGCAGAUCAGUCUGGCUACGCAGCUGGUCCGGAUGAUCCUCAAGAUUGAUGAUAUCCGCACGCCUUCCUCCGGUUUUGACUGACUGGCUUCGUUUCAAACUGGUUUGCGGCAGUUUUGCCUUCGUUUUAUUUAUUUUUACUUUUUGUUCCGUGGAAAUAAAACUUUUUUUUUUCCUUUCC